AUGCCUCUUGUGGACCAAGACAGCAUUUCCUUGAGCCAUGCUGCCGACGGCCCCUGGCCCACAGUUCCUUCAGCUUUGGGCUUUGAGACUGAGAAGACUAUAAAGUCGCGCCGCUUCAAAAGACACUUGGUUGCAGCCUUACCACGCUUUGCUCGACCUGGAGGCAUUACCGACCGAGAGAUCGGGCCCACUUCCUACUUGGACGCUCUCCGGGGAUACGCGGCGGUCUGCGUGUUUAUUGCACAUUCGUUCAACACCUUUGGCGACAACUGGAGAAGAGAGCCUUUGAUCAGCUUCCUCUUCCACGGCUCGUCGAUGGUGGCUCUCUUCUUCGUGAUAUCAGGUUAUGUACUGAGCUACCGACUCCUCAUCUACAUCCGCAAACAGGAGUUUGAGCGGCUCAUCAGCUCCCUCGCGUCUUCAACCUUUCGAAGAUACGUCCGACUCUACGGAAGUACAGAAUGUGCUUGUUUCAUCGCCAUGAUCAUGGUCCGGUUCAAGAUAUACCCUGGCUGCCGGCCACCCAUGUACAAGGAUACCUUCUGGGAGCAACUCGUUGACUGGGGUUGGGAUCUGGUGUACUUCAGCAACCCCUUUGGCGAUAUCAGGGGGUGGCCGUCCUCUUUCGACUCGAGAUAUCUCGAUCAAAUGUGGAGCAUCCCAGCCGAGUAUCGAGGCAGCGUGGCCAUCUUUGCCUUCUGCACCGCGGCGUGUAGACUGACGACCCGAUCUCGCAUGGUUCUAACUUGGGUCAUUAUCGUCGCUUGCUACAUCUGGCAGGCCAUCUAUGUCGCCGAGUUCAUGGCGGGCUUAUUCAUCGCCGACCUGUCUUUGAGCCGGCACCCGGAGCGACUGGACAACCCUAGAAGCCUCACGGGGCCGCAUCACCACCACAAGCAGCAGACUCUCUGGGAAAAAGUCGGCUAUGGUUGUCUGUUUGUUCUCGGCAUCUUCAUCCUCGGUGAACCAGACGACACAACCAUGGGGAUAAUGGGCACCUUUCCCUGGGAGUUUCUCAAACGCUUCAUCCCUGGAUGGUGGGACGACUCGGGCAAUUAUCUGUUUUGGCUUGGAAUCGGCGCCUUCAUGCUGGUCUACGCGCUGGAAUUCUAUCCGACGCUGCAGAAGCCGCUCAAUUGGCGAUACUCGCAGUACAUUGGCGACUUGUCCUUCGGCAUCUACGCCAUGCAUGUCCCACUGGCCCUGGGCCCGUACUUUCAAGUCAUGAUCCCGCUUCGGGAGCAGUACCUGGGCGGGUGGCCAGUCAUCAAAUAUAUCCCGGGUCUGAUAGCCUACCCUCUGAUGGUUUUGAUUGCUGCCGAUUACUUUGAGCGGGUCGACAAGCAAGUCAUCAGGUUUGCCAGGUGGCUUCAAACCAAGUUGUUUGUUUAG